AUGCACACCGGAUCACCUGCCGCGUCUCCUGCCCGGACAGAGGAGACAGGGCCCAGCUCUGCACAUGCAUCUGGGCAGCCGGCUCCAAUUCUCCUGCACCGGGAUCUUCUGCUCCGCCUCGGCGUGAGCUCUCAUCUGCUGGACCUCGUCCUGUUACUCUCACAUGUCACCAUCUUUAUGCUUAUCUAUGUUGAUGAUAUCAUAGUCGCCAGCUCGUCUCAAAGUGCAACUGAUGCUCUUCUACGAGAUUUGAGUAAAAAGUUUGCAUUGAAAGACCUUGGUGAUCUUCACUACUUCUUGGGAAUUGAAGUGCAUAAAGUAAGUGAUGGCAUAGUACUGAAUCAAGCAAAAUAUGCUCAGGACGUUCUUGCUCGGGUUAAUAUGACAGGAUGCUCCGGUGUCCCUACUCCUCUGUCAUCGUCUGAGAAGAUAACUGCCCAAGAUGGAGAUAUGUUGGGUCCUGAGGAUAGUACAAAUUACAGAAGUAUGGUAGGUGCGCUACAGUAUCUCACCCUUACAAGACCAGACAUUUCAUUUGCAGUGAACAAGUUUUGUCAGUAUCUUCAUGCUCCUACUACAGUACAUUGGACUGCUGCCAAACGUAUUUUGAGAUAUGUGAGUCAUACUCUGAGUUUUGGUCUUACAUUUAUGAAGUCAAGAUCCACACUUCUUAGUGCCUUCUCUGAUGCUGAUUGGGCUGGUUGUGUGGAUGAUCGUCGCUCAACUGGAGGUUUUGCUGUGUUUUAUGGACCCAAUCUGAUUUCAUGGAGUGCCAAGAAACAAGCAACAGUAUCCAGAUCUAGUACAGAGGCAGAGUAUAAAUCUGUGGCCAAUGCAACAGCAGAAGUAAUUUGGGUACAGUCUUUACUUGCAGAACUCGGAGUAAAAGAGAUGCAAACACCAUGUUUAUGGUGUGACAAUCUAGGAGCCACUUAUCUAUCAGCAAAUCCAAUGUUUCAUGCAAGAGCAAAGCACAUUGAGAUAGAUUUUCACUUUGUUCGUGAAAGGGUGUUAAGCAAGAAGCUAGAAGUUCGGUUUAUACCUUCAAAGGAUCAGAUUGCAGAUGGGUUUAGAAAACCACUUCCUGUGAAGAGCUUUACAGAGUUUAGACAUAAUCUCAACUUGAGUAAGUUGUGA